AUGGCCCUGAGCCAACUUGAUCCGAGUCUGGUGCUCGGUUUUGUAUGCAUUUCCGAGGCAGAUUUUGACGACCUUUGCCUGCAUUUCGAGCAUGAAGUACUCGGGCCAGAGGCAAGUCAAGGACACCCAUUGUUCGAAUUGCAUAGAACGAGACCAUCUAAUUUGCCUCCGCGGCCAAGUACGAUCAUUCCUCGCUCAAACGAUGAAUGCAAUUGUUUGGACUCUUUUGGACCCACCGCUGACCUACUUGUUGAAGCCGACGGAGAUGGGACGAUUAGUUCGCUGGAACCGGAAGGCGGUGGGUUUGGUGGAACAGUGAACACUAUGCGGAAGUUUUGGCUCAACUCACCGAUACCCACGAACGUCGCCACCGCUUCUUUGACUACCUUAUUUUUAGGUCCAGCACGAAAUCGAGUUCAACCGCCAACACGUGCGCUGUUCCAACCCAACCAGAUUCUUCACCCAAACACUGUGAUGUUCAAUCAUGUUAAAGAUGGCUCCUUAGUUCUACCUAGUCUCGUUUGUUCAUCAGCGCGACCACCUCUACUACUGGCUGAUUCACGCGUUUCUUUCUCUUGGCUCCUCAAGGUUGUCCAACGGCAACUAGUCAAUCGAGUCGAACUACAAGCUACCUUUAUUAAUUUACUAUUUUUAACCACGCACAUGUUCAGAGAUUAA